AUGCAUGAACUGCAAAAAAAUAAGAGAGGGAAGAAAUUAUGGAAUUUAGGGAUACAAAAGUCAUCAACAGGGAGGGAGGAGAAGGGAGGAGAGGAGGGGGAGGGAGGCAGGGAGACCUCACGGCGAGCGAACAUCACCGAAGCAGCCAUGAGGCUCAUCCGCACCGAAUCUCAGAUGUUUGCAGUUGCAAAGCGCGCUGCCCGAGGCCCUCAGAAGGAGGCGUUGGGAGCCUUGAUCGGUGGGGUGUGCGUGGGAUUCCUGUCCACCUGUGUCUUUCUCUCUUCCUUCCCCGAUUUGCUCCAGCCCUAUCCCUUCUAUCGAAAAGCGGAGCGGGAGCGGGGUCUGAUCCUCACGCAUCGGGAGGUAGACGGGAAGGCUGUCAUCGGUGACCAUUCCCGCCAUGAAGUCGCUCAUCGAGGUGAAGGGGUGUUGGCGGAGGAGAUCUCGAGGAGGGUGAGGGUCCUGUGUUUGGUCUUGACCCAACCCGAGAACCACGAGAAGAAGGCCAAGCACGUGAAGGCCACGUGGGGGAAGCGGUGCAAUGUCCUUCUCUUCAUGAGUUCCAAGGAAGAUUCGUCCUUGCCCACCGUUGUCCUGAAAGUGGAGGAAGAUGGGAAGCGCCUGUGGGUCAAGACCCGGGAGGCAUUCCGAUACGUGCAUCAGCAUCACUUGGACGACGCGGACUGGUUCCUCAAAGCAGACGACGACACCUACGUCAUCGUGGAGAACCUCCGCUACAUGCUCCAGGACGGCAACCCGCUGGAGCCAGUCGUCUUCGGCUGUCGCUUCAAGGGUUUUCUGAGUGGAGGAGCAGGGUAUGUGCUGAGUCGAGAGGCACUGGAGAGAUUCGUGGCGAAGGCUUUACCCAAUCCGCAUGUCUGUCCCGUGUUUGCGGACAACGAGGAAAGCACUGCGUUGCGGUGCCUGCAAGGAGUGGGAGUGGAAGCGGGAGACUCCAGGGACGAGCUGGGACGCUGGCGGAUGCUCCCGUUUGAACCAGAGCAGCACCUCAUACCCGGCCUCACCGGCAAGGGGAACUCGAUCUGGAAUAACACCUACUACCCUUACACGGAAGGACUGGGAUGCUGCUCGGACACGGCCAUCUCCUUCCAUUACGUCUCUCCCAAUCUCAUGUACAUCCUCGAGUACCUCAUCUACCACCUACGUCCCUACGGCAUCGUGCCCUUCUCCCAACACGUUCAGCCGGUGACUCACAACGAAACGAACCAGUUCAAGUCCCAAUCUUGA